UUUUUUAGAAUGGAACCCUGUCCGUGGAUUUUUACUGUCUUUCUCUGACUGGAAAACAUUGGACCACUGGGCCAGUGGCCGGCAUGUUAACGGCAGCCGAACUUCGCAGACUUUGGGCUGCGUCUUGGCCUUUUGGAGAAAAUGACAUCGAGGCAGUAGUUGCUAUGUGUGAUCAAGAUAAUUUAAAGAAAGCAGAAAAUGAGAGGACCUGGUCCCCGCAGAGUAGACCACCUCCGAAUUGCCCAGAAAGUGAAGACCGAGCACACCGAGCUAUGGUUCUUCAGAGAGCUGAAGAUCUCAUGAUAGAACGUGAUGAGGAAAUAAUGAGAUUGAAUAAGCUUCUCUUAGCAGCUCAUUGUCAUGCAGUGCAGGAGGACCAGAAAGUACUGAAGAAACAGAUGAAGAAGGGUGAAAAAGCAGAGGAACGAAGGCUACACAACAUGAUGGAAGAAGAACGGAUUAGAGCUAUAAAAUUAGAGGAGGAAAAGAAGGCAAUUCGGAGAAAACGUCUUAUUGAAAUUGGGAAGUUUCAAAGGCAGCAAAUGGAAGAGAAGAAAGAGAGGGCGUUACGAGAGAGAGAGCAAGAAAAACGUUUUUUGGAGAUACUGAAGACCCAGAAACAGAAUGCUCAAAUAGCUCGCAUUCGACGGGAGGCUACAGAAAGAGAACAGUGGUGCAAAAAGUGGGAUCGUAAUGAGGGUAGUGGAGGAGACAAAGACAAAGACCUUCGCCCAAGCCAAACAGAGCCUCAGUUUUUUUCUAAUUUUAAAAAGGAGCGGAGAUUUAUGCAGGAAGCUCUUGCAUAUGAGAGAGAAAAGGAAGAUAGACGGAAGAAAGAAGAGCUGAAGUUGAUUAAUGACAUUAGGAUGCAGAUAAAAGAAGAAAUGGCAGAAGCAUUAAAGGAACGGCUGGAUCCAAAAGGAAGGGAGCAACGGCUACGGGAAACCUCUGCUAAAAAAAUUAAAAAUUUAAAAGAUUCUGGCCUUGAAGAGAAAUACCUCAACAUGGUGAAACGAAAUCUCCACUACCUACCACCCUUAUGAGAUUGCGACUGGAAUACCAUGUUUUAGGACAGCAGUCAGUUGCCUUGGGUAAUCUGCAACAGUUUUCAGGAUUUGGCUUCAACCAGCAUAUUGGUUUUAUGCCAGGUCAGGUUGGGGAGCAUGCAGUGGUGCAGUGCAGUGCGUUGCCGCACCCACCGCACAACGGAGCAGCUCAAGAUCCUGGCUGGCAGCCGUCCAGUCCCACACUCCGGAAGUGACCAUCUGUCUGCCGCAGCCAGGUGUUACGUGGGCGUCCCCUAGAGAACAGUACUGCCCCAAUUUUUCAUUUUCUAAACUAAAGUAAUUUGAGCUCACCUUUAGCUAAUAGGACAAAGGAAAUCCUGCAGGCAAAAGCGUAAUGGUCUCAGACUUCCUUAAAGAGUUCUUGGGGACAACAUAGAAAGCAUCCCUGGAGAGGGGGCACCAGUUCAUUGUAGGGCCAAGCCAUAUCUACAACCAGUGCCUACAUGGUCAAAGUAUUGUCACCAGUUAACCUGACCUACCUGUCUUUGGGGAAUAUGGAAGGAAAACUGUAAUAUCGAUAUGAAUACCCACACAGAUAUGAGAAAAAGGUGCAAAUUCUGUAUGGACAGUGGCUGGUAGAGGGGUGCAACCCCAGGAUAUUACUGAAUGUGCCUUGUGCUACUCAUUUAAACGAAGAACAAAAGGGAAAAAACUAACAAACCAACUUUGCACUUUUUUUUUUUUAUCAUUAAAUUAUUUUUGUCUCUUAAGCCCCAAUGUUAGUUUGAAGUUGACUUUAUUUUUGGCCUUGUGCUUUUUGCUCCAGGACGGACUGGCAUCUCAUCCAGUAUUGGUCCUUGCUUGUGCCAGAUGCUACUUUGAUAGUCUGUGACUCUUUACAAAUCUAAAAUGGAAUAAGAAGUAUAUGAAAAUAGACAUAAUCAUCUUUAAAAAUGUGAAGUUUAAAGUCUGUUUGGACUUUUAUUAAUUAUUAGUAGUUUUUAAAUACUCUGAUAAAAAUUAUGCGUUUCCUUCAGUACGCUUUACUCCCAUCUUUCUUCAGACUGGAUAAUUAACACCUUUAAACUACUAGACACAAUAAUUAUCCCAGCAGGCAGUGCACAGACAGCAGGCUGCAAUACUACGGAUCUUUUAAAAGCAAUUUAAAUAGUUUGAUCUUUGCAAAUAUUACUGUGAAGACGACCGAAAAGGAUGGCAUAGGCGAGGUUAGAUAACGGCGGUGCCAUCUUAGUCCAUCAAAAAGCAAACCCAGAUGGCUGCAGGAGGCCAUCAACGCCAAGAGGAUCCAGAAAGUUUUGACUUCUGCAUGUUGUUACCUUUAGCAACAUCAAAUUCCCAGAACUUUGAGCAUAGAGAAGAAAAGGAAAAUGCAGCGUAUUCUCCCCGCACUCAAGUUCUCCUUGGAGUUAAGAAGACGGCUACUCCAGUUGGUUGUGCCACACAUCCUGAUCUGAAGGACUAAUAUAGGGCUGGUUUGCAGGACAUUUCCCGGACGUCAGAGUGGAAAGAGUUGGAAGGUGUGCGCCAUUGUGAUUCCAUAUGCCUGCUGGAGUGCACAUGGCUGAAUUCUGAUUCAGUCUUUUUUGAGACUGAGGAGUUUACAACCUGCGGAACUGAAUUAUGUAGAAGAGGCCACUUUUUAAAAAAAAAAAAAAAGAAAAGAUAUAGAAAAGUUUUUUGUAUUUUUUCCUUUAUCACAGUGUGGGCAGGAAGAAGGAUUUGGAUAAAAAUGCACCUUAAAAGGAUCCUUCAGCCUUUACAGAUGUACAUAUUGUAUUAACAUUUAAAAUAUUUUCUACAUAUUUCACUUUUUAUACAGCUUUUUAUACAUUUGUAAAUAUGUUAUUUGUAGUUGUAUGUUAAGGAACACUACUGUUCCACACAGUCUGUACUGGGUACACAGUUGUUAUAGUUUUCAUAUGUGGGUAAAUCUUUGUGCAUAAAAUCAAAUAAUGAUCUAUGGUUACAAUUAGCUGUGUUUUUUUAAAAAAAAAAAAAAAACAUUCAAGCUGACCAGAACAUUUGCAGGCAGACUUCUUAAGGGCUGGUGCACCUCACCCACAGAAUUGCAGGUUCUGAAUAUAACAGAAACCAUGACGUCACUGUUGGCCUC